AUGGCGGCAGGUCAGUCCUCUGUGUUUCAGCAUGUGUUGACUACUUUCAAAGCCAAGGUUGAUCCAAAACUGGCCUCUGAAUUUGAGAUGGCCACCCUUGCGGACCUCAAAUCCGCCUUGUCCUCUAUGGAACGCAAACAUAAAUCUGAAAGAUCAAUUCGAAACAUGGGACGGUUGAGUCGUUUUCUUGAUGCUAUGGAUCAGUAUGGAAAGGUCAUCGAGGUAUUCCUGAAUGUCACGGAUGUUUUGGCAUUUGUCUGGGGGCCUAUGAAGUUUCUAUUGCAAACUGCCAAUACAUUCAGUGAAGCCUUCAGCAAGCUUCUUGAAACUUACCAAGUUAUUGGGGAAAGCCUGCCGUUGCUCGACAAGUGCCAGGGGUUUCUGGAGAAUACACCAUAUGUGCGGCAAGCCCUAGAGUCCAUCUUCAACGACAUUCUUGAAUUUCAUGAAUACGCGCUUGGAUAUUUCAAAAAGCCCAUGUGGCAAAGAGUCUUCCAAGCGAGUUGGGCUACCUACAAAACGCGAUUCCAGCCGAUAGUGGACAAUUUAUACAGGCACAAAGACCUUCUAGAAGGGAGAGUUACGUUCGCUCAGCUCGAAACAAUUAUAUCCCAAGGAGAGAAAACCUUCCAGGAAUUUCAGAGACAACAAAAUGAUGAGGCUAUGGGAAAAUAUCGAGCUAUACAAGCUUGGCUUGGUAACCCGGAUGUCCAGACAGAUCAUGAAAGCAUCGCACGAGUCCGAUGUGACAGUCCGGAAGCAGGUUCUUGGCUUCUCCACCAUCCUCUAUUUCAGCCUUGGCAAGAUGGUACCAGUGACACACUUCUCCUAUGGUUAAAUGGGAUCCCUGGUGCAGGAAAGUCCGUUCUUGCAUCACUGAUCAUUGACAAGUGCCGAGAAAAUACUUUGAAUAUCACCAUCUGGUUUUAUUGCCGACAUGGGGAUAAAGACCGAAGUACAUUCAUUGCACUGGCGCGUGCACUGAUAUCUCAGCUGCUGAAAUAUGAUAUGGAUCUGGUGCCAUACGUCCACGUAAAGAUGUCUUCCAGAAGCGAGCAAACGCUUUCAUCGGAGCCGUUGGCUAAAGAAUUACUUGAGACACUCCUAAAGAAUUGCCAGGGGCUUCACAUUAUUUUGGAUGGCCUUGACGAAUGCGCACAAGGGGAAGGAAAAAAGAUCAUUGGGUGGUUCCGCUCCGUAAUGGAGGCUUCAACUCAGUCAGCAGCCACAUCCAGCAACCGACGGUGUGUGUUUAUCUCACAGCGCGAUGCAACCACGACAAGACACCUUCGUGAUCUUCCAAAAAUUACCAUCACGCCCGCUCAUAAUCAUCAUGAUAUCACAGUUUUCGUGUCAUCCUGGGGGAGAAAGAUUCAAGAAAAGUUCAGUAUCUCAGAUGAUCUAACGAAAGGUAUUACUGAGACAGUCGUUGAAGGAGCAGCAGGAAUGUUUCUUUUCGCCAAACUUGUGAUGACCACAUUGUUUGCUCAAGUUUCGCGGGAAAGGCUGUUUAAUGAAUUGAACGUUAAAGGGCUACCCGUAGGACUUGAUGCAGCAUACUCUCGUGUGUUGGAUAUUAUCCGCGAACAAUCCUCAAAGACUGAAGCGAUUCAGCUAUUGGCAUGGCUGGUGUGCGCUAAACGUCCACUAGAAUGGCGAGAAAUUCAAGCUGCAGUAGCAAUCGACAUCGAAGGCGAGACCGUUGAUUUCUACGGUCGACAGUGGAUGGUCGACGCCAAAGAUCUUUGUGGCUCGCUUGUCGAGUCACGAACUGACGGCUCACUUGAGCUUGUACAUACCACAGCAGAGCUCUAUCUGGUUGAGAGCGGUGUUGUCAAUGUCGGUCAAGAAGAACUCAAGAUAGCAUCCCUUUGUCUGGCCUAUCUAGCUCUUCCUGGCUUCGAAGCAGUCCUGGCUGAUUCUUCAAUCGAAGACUUUCUCAAGCUAGGAUACUAUGCUUUUGUCGACUAUGCUGCGCGUUAUUGGACUUGUCAUCUUCGAGAAGGUCUAGCCCGUGGUGCUCUAGAGCAGCAUCAGGACACGCUAAUCAGUCGUAUUGAAAGGCUCAUUGAUUUGCAUUAUCGACAGUGUGACGAAGACAUCCAAAUUCCAGGAUCGACUCGCAGCUUGCUGAGUCGUCUUCAAGAGUCCGACUUUAGCGCACAAGACGGGUUCGAGAAGUUCCGCAAAGCUUUUGUCGCCACAGAAAGUCAAAUCGAAACUUAUGGUGAAAACGCAACAUCGAACCAGGUGCUUGACCUGUCAGACAUAAUUGCAAAUAUUCGAGCUGUUCUUGAAGACACAGUCUGUCGAAAGUCUUGGGAUGAGGCUGACCGGAAAUUGUUUGCUUUCUACUACGGCGAGGCAAUCUACAAGUGUCCUCGAAUAAGUUGCUCAUAUUUCCACCGCGGCUUUACAUCUGCAAAGGAAAGAGAAGCACAUGUCCGAAAACACACCCUUCCGUAUUCAUGCUCUUACCCCGGUUGUCUGAGAGUAGCCGUCGGCUUCUCCUCACAAAGCGAAUUGCAAAGGCAUAUCUCACAAAUCCAUGAGAUGGCUCAAAGUAAAGGACAAAUAUUUCCAUCAAAGCAGAAACGGCCUCUUCUACAAUGUGGCAUGUGCCAGCAGAGCUUUGAUAAACCAGGGAAACUUCGAAAUCACGGCUGUAGGCAGGAUACUCCAAAAUCUCGCCUUCUUGACCGCAGCAGUGUCCGGCACCCGGAAAUGGAACCUGAGCGCCGAAGGGGGCAGCUACAGGUCCAUAGUAUCCAGAAUCUAAACGGAUACCAGAGGCAGCUCUUUCCCAUUAAGCAAGCAAAUAAAGCCCAGCAGCAAACCGCUCCCAGUGGAGUUCAGGAUAGACUUUAUCAGCAACAUGACCCUGCAGCGCAGCAAGUGCUAGCACCCCAAUCCCAGAAGCUCUUAGGUGUUGAAGACUGGCAAUCGCUCUUUUCUAUGCCUCAGGUACAGGCACACCAAUCCCAGCAGCAAUCCUCUGGUGCUGAACCUCAGGAUCAGCCCUCAGACCAGCAACAGCCCUUCGCUAUGCAGCAAGCGCAAACACAGCUGAGUGACCAAGUGAAUAAUAUCUUCAUAUAUCCCUUGAGUCCUUCAAAUUCUACACCUCUUAUGGCAAUGAAUUAUCCUCUACCCCUACCUCCGGCUUUAGCCAAUUCUCAGUUCGUGGGUGUUCAAACAGCGCAGACUUCAAUGCUACCACGACCAGGCACUCCCUUCCUCGGUCGCACCCAACAAGAGGAGCUACUCAUGAGAUGCAUCUGCCCGGUCAGUGAGGAUGAUGGUCACGCGGUUCAAUGCGAAAGAUGUGAGACGUGGCAACACGCCAUCUGCUAUUACCCGGACAAGCAUGUGCCAAAUGUCCACAACUGCGUCAGCUGCGAGCCUCGCCCGGCGGAUUUCUGGAGCGCUGCUGAGCGUCAACGCCUACGGCAGCUCCGAAAGCAAGAUAGGAAAUAUUUACCGGGAGGAGAAGCGAUCGACCCUUUCUCAUGGGAUGGCGACGGGAAUAGAUUUGGACACCAGCACAGCGAGUUCGAAGCUCCUGCGAUUCAUCCGCAGCAAAGCCUGAACUCGACCGACUCGACAUCAAUGAUGCCAACCGAUGUCAUUGAUGAUCUAUUGCAAGCCGCAAACCAGGUUUACAACCUUAAGACUAUGUCGUCGACGCCACCCGCCAUGCCCACGAAGAACGAAGACUUCUCCCAUCAGAACUCCCCGUUCGUCGAUGAGGGUAAUGAAGUAGUCGAUAGCAGUCUGCCUCUAUCCCAAAGCUCUAACCCAGCUCCCCUAGCCUCACAACCAGCCUCGAUCUUGCGGCAGGCACAUAUUGGCCCCGAGCCAUCAGGCCCUCCUAAUAACACUCAUCCACAGAACCACAUUCUAGAUCCACAAGAACCACCUCCCGAUGACCGAGAAUGGGCUCUUUACCCACUUGUAACUGAAUUAACAACGAAAAUACCUCUUGAACAAGCCAUUUCUCGAGAAUUGCAGAAGCAAGGUCCGUUUACCGGAUGGCAAGCAUACUACGAUAACAAGGAUCGAGCGUCAAACAUUUCUUUUUUGUAA